AUGGCGCCUCGUAUUGCUUCACCCGAAGAAAUCCGCAAACGAAAGGCAUGCCUUGUCCUCCCCUUCCUCGAUCGAGAAGUAGAUUUCCCCCUCCCGUUCGUUCCAGUAUCGCAUUUGCUAAACAUUCCGCCCCAUCAGAACCUUCAAGUUAUCUUUCACAAAAACGACCCUCUUGAGGCGUCCUUCUCCCUAAUCGGCGUCGAUGCCGCCAUCGCAAAUGCCUUCCGCCGUAUUCUUAUUGCCGAAAUCCCGUCCCUCGCUAUCGAGUUCGUGUUCAUUCACAACAAUACGUCCGUGAUACACGAUGAAGUUCUCUCCCACCGAUUAGGCCUCGUUCCGCUCAAGGGUUCGCUCGACGGUAUAAACUGGAUGACCUGGUUUAGAAUGCCCCAAGAAGGCGAAGAAGAUAGCGCCAGCGUAGCGAGUGAUCACAAUACCAUCGUUCUCAAACUCAACGCAGAAUGCACCAAGAAUCCAAACGCAAGUCCCGACGAAGAAGACCCCACGGUGCUCUACAACAACGCGCACGUAUACGCCAGGGAUAUUGUUUUCGAACCCGUCGGGCGUCAAACCACGUUUUUCUCAGGGCCAGAUGGAGAGAUUCAACCGUCGAACCCAGACAUUUUACUGGCAAAGUUGCGGCCAGGACAAAAGAUUGAUAUUGAGAUGCAUUGCAUCAAGGGCAUCGGACAGGAUCAUGCCAAAUUUUCGCCGGUAGCAACAGCAUCGUAUCGCCUCCUUCCGGAUAUUCAAAUAACACGUCCAAUACUCGGCGAUGACGCCGUUAAAUUCGCCAAUUGCUUCCCUCCCGGGGUCAUCGGGAUCGAACACGUGACGGCAGACGAAGCAGAACAGAAAGGAACUGGAUAUGAAGGACACAAGGGGGAAAAGAAAGCCGUUGUCGUGGAUCCUUUCAAAGACACAGUGAGCAGAGAGUGCUUACGACACGAGGAGUUCAAGGAUAAAGUUAAGCUCGGCCGGAUCCGAGACCACUUUAUCUUCAAUAUUGAGAGCGUGGGACAGUUUAAUAGCGACCUCCUCUUCAUCGAGAGCGUUAAAGUUCUACGACUUAAAUGUGCACGGUUAAAGCGGAAUGUGGCUGCACUGGCCGACAUGACAGAUAUAAAUCCGGUAUAA